AUGGAGGCACCGGGCUGCCCGGCUUUUCCCCCUCCACCUCGUCGGGCCGGACCCCCCCCGGGGCUCCCCCGGCCUCCCAUCGCCUUCACGGUCGCUCCGCCACCGGGAACCCCCCGGCAACCGCCGCCGCUCAGCCCCCGCCCGGCCCGCUGUCCGCCGGCCAAGGCCGAGCCCCGGUACCUGGGGGUCGCCAACCCGGGCCCCCUCGCCGUGGCCGUCAAUGGGAAGCCCUUCUACCCGGCCGGGGCUGCAGGCGGCGAGAAGGGAUGCAAAGGCGGGUACCAGGCGAUGCCCGCAGCCUGCCGGGCCCCCCUCAAAGCCUCGGGGGAGCUGGGGUGCCCGCUGGCAGCACCCCUGGGCAACCUGCGGGAACACGAGGUCGCCGAACUCCCCGAGCCCCUGGGCAAGAGCAAGAGCAAGAAGCGGAGGAACAGGACGACCUUCAGCACGUUCCAGCUGGAGGAGCUGGAGAAGGUCUUCCAGAAGACGCAUUACCCCGACGUCUACGCCCGGGAGCAGCUGGCGCUACGGACCGACCUGACUGAAGCCAGGGUGCAGGUCUGGUUCCAGAACCGACGGGCCAAGUGGCGGAAACGGGAACGGUACGGGAAGAUCCAGGAGCUGCAGAACAACCUGUGGCCGAGCUCCGGCCCCGGGAGUCCCGCGGGGCUCCUGCCCCCCGAGAGCAUCCCGUCCCCCUGCAUGUCUCCGUACCCCCACCCUCACGGCAACAUCGCCGGCUUCGUGGGCAUCCCCGCUUCUCCCGCCCCCCACCCCGCCAUCAACGGCCUCUACUCCCUGCACGGCCUCCCCCCGGCCUCGGCCCUGGGCACCCACCCCUUCGAGCCGGCACCCGAACACGACUACAAGUCGCCCACCCUGGUGCCGCUGAGGGUGAAGAGCAAAGAGGCGACCAGUAGCCUGCUGAACUGGGCUACGUGA